UUGAUGGCAGAGACGUGUGUCUCUAUGUCUCUGCUGGUAGCUCUGACAGCUUUAGUUCGACAAGACUUUCUUAAGACCUACACGACAACUCAGGAAAAAAACUGUAAAGAAAGAAUACGAUACUGGAUGUAGAAUUAAUGUUUGAACCAGCAUAAUCAGCAACAUGAUAGUGGAUAUUCAGGAUUAAUACCUAUAUAAGACGAAGGAUCAGGGUGGCUAGAGAAGCAUCACAGAAAUCCUGCCAGAUAACUUUCCAUUGUGUAGAGUAUUAGUUGAUUAUACUGUAAAGCAACAUGUCUGAAAUUUUUGAAACUUGUUCUAGUGAAUUAUUUUGUGUUGGUAAACCCAAAGACAGAAUGGACAGAUAUUCAGAUGACUUUUAUAUAAGUGAAGUUUCGAUAGAUUCACCACAUUGUGAUCAAGGGGCAGCUGCAGAUACAAAACAUGAUGACCUUGAGACAGCUGCAGAUACAAAAACAGGUGACCUUAAAACUGAUUAUUGUGACCUUGAGACUGAUUAUUGUGACCUUGAGACAGACUCGUACAACUACUUAGAAAAAUGCACUGAAUUUACUGGUGACCUUAAAACUGAUCGUGGUGACCAAUACAACCCAGGUGAUGGUUCAUUUGAUAGAAUUUCAGGCCUAGUAUUAGACAAUUCAUCAAUUUCUGGGCAGUCUCAUGAUCAAAUUGUCACAUCAUGUCAAGGUGAUAAGAUGAAAUCAAAUUCAGAAGUGUCUGAUUUAAAUCAUUUGGAAACUGACGGAAAUGAAUUUGCUGCACAUAAUGAAGAAACAUCAGUCAAGAUGGUUGGAGUAUCACAUGAUCAGUGGCCACAGGAAAAUGGAUGUGCAUUUAGGGUCAAAGCUAUGGAUAUGGAUGGAAGACCACAAAGGACAAAUAUGACUGUGAAAAAGAUAGCCAAAACGACAGAAGAUUUUUCAUCAUUUGAAUAUCGUCAUGACCACUUGUCCAGAGGGCAUUGUUUGAUUAUCAGUAAUUCAGAGUUUAGAGCAAAACAAGAUCGCCCUAGAAGGUCUGGAUCAUUGAGAGAUGCAAAAACUCUUAGAAAUCAGUUUCAGAAAUUGGGGUUCUGCCCAAUCAAGACUUCAGAUGGGUCAGAAGAAAUGAUUCAUCAGAAUCUAUCUCGGGAACAAUUAUUGCAAAUACUGUCUGAUGCUACUAAUCCGAUGCUAAAUGACCAUUCUGACCAUGACUGUUUUGUUUGUGUGAUUUUGUCAUAUGGACUGGAAGGUACAGUGGUUUGUCCAGGAGAAAUUGAUGAUGUAUUUGUUGAGUUUUACUCCAUUCUAGAAUUUUUCAAACCUCAACAUUGUCCAUCUCUUGCAAUGAAACCUAAACUUUUCUUCGUACAUGGAUGUACACCAUAUGAAAUACAUGAAACACAAGCAACAGUGCCAUCCUCAGCAAGAGAUGGUUCAGAUGGAUGUGUGAUGACAGCUUCUCUCCCUUCAAUGGCAGAUUGUCUUGUUCAGUUUUGUGGUGUAGAUGGCAUAUUUGGAUGGGGAAGGAAUAGAAAGCGUGGAUUAUCUUACUAUGUCCAGGCUUUGUGUGAAAGUCUUAAAAAAUUCUGUAUAUUGAAACUUGAAAAGGGACAUAAAUCAAAAGAAAUUUCAUCUCUUGUUCUCAGCAUAAACAAAGCUUUUGUGCGUAUCUUAGAAGAUGAUGACAACACAAUUGAUGAGGAAUUUGGUGUGCCGUCAACCUUUUCUACAUUAACUAAGCAGAUGUUUUUCUAUCCUAAAACAUCUCAGAACGACCUUGAAACAGACACAGGAUAGCUGCUCUGACAAUACUGAGGCUCAUGGAUAUUUUGAUAGCCAUUACUAAUGUUGCGAUAUUCACAGGUCGCUUGGAUGAAAAGCUUGUAAUGAUAAACGUAUGAAAAUUUCACGGCAAAUUUUGCAGUAUAUAUGAAGAUGUUUUUAUAGACAAUGGUCAGCUAUGGAACACCAGCUGUACAGUUAUAAUGUAAUCAUGUGACAUGGGCUCUGUUAAUUAAUUGUUAGCCAUACUGAUCAAUGAUGUAUCUUGUUCAUUAACAAUGAAAACACAACCUGCUGAUAAAAGAAUGAUAGGAUUAUUACCAGAAUGUUACCAAAUAAGACCUUUUAGCGGAAUUAUAUUUUAAGGGCCACAUAGCAGAGUAGAUGUAUACAAUAUCUAACUCUUUUUGAAGUAGAGACAGCGAAGCAGACAGAAGUAGCGUAUCAUCUGCUAGCAAAACGCAAGAUAUGUGUAUAUCCCUUACUUUUAACCCAGAAUUUUGAUUAUCUAGUUCUACAGCAAGGUCAUUGAUCAUUACAAGAAAACACCAUAUGGAUAACACUCGACCUUGACCUACCCCCUUGGGCUACUGGUUACGUAUUACUACGUUUGCCGGCAAAAAACACUGAUGACGUCACAUUAGGUAGUAGUGUAGCAGGUUAGUAUUUUAUGACUGUUUGUUAUUGGUUUAUAUUGUAUAUAUUUGUAUUUUGCCAUAUUUAUGUUCGUAAUAAGUUGUGUGGAUGGUGUAUGAAAAUAAAUAGAAUAUGAUGGUGCAUGUCACCUUAAUGUAAGUCUGUUAUGCAAGUUGUGUAAAGGUCAAGUAGUGACCUUUUGCACUAUUAUGUUUUAAUUAUUCAUGUAAUGACAUGUGACUUGACAUUAGACAUCUGAUUGGACAGUACCAAAUAACAUCUCUGGUUUUCUUCGGACUUUCUUGUCUUGCUUUCUUGGCACUUCACACCUUUCCCUCCUUGGGUGUAGAACCUGUUUGUCCGCGGGAGAAGAUUGGAUUUCCUUGUAGAUGCGUCGUCGCUUAGCCCGUCCCGUCCCUGUUGGAGAUUUUUUGACUUUAAACUCCCACCUAAUCCCGUGGGGUGAGUGUCAGAAUGAAUUUUGUGUCUUGUAUACAUUUUAUCUUGAGUGAAUGAAAUUGA